AUGUACAAGAAAAACAGAGAACUUAGGCGAACUGACAUAUUGGCGAAAAGAACAUGCCUUAUCGCAUGCUUUUUUAUUAUCCUGUGUCUAUUGGUGAUAGUAUCUAAUCUUCUUCUUCGUACUCUAUUUGAACAGGAAUCUUCAUCAUCAUCAUCAUCGUCGUCAGGGCAAAUACGUCUGGAGUCUCCAGCAGUUGAUAGACGCACUGUUCUUACAGCUUCUCGAUCUAUUGCUACUACCAAUACAGAUCCUACUACUACUACUACUACUACUACUACUCCCACUACUCCUACUUCUAAUGCUAUUAGAACCACUACUACUAGUACAACUACAACUACUAAAACGGAUGCUCGUACUACUGUUGUUAAAAUGCAGGGGUUUUGCUUUUCACCACGUUCGCCGUCAAAACCACGAGCAUCACAAUUUGCUUUGCCAUGCAUUCCCACUGAUGUGAACUACAGUAACUACAGUAGAAUGUCAUCAGCAUCAGGUUCCUCCUCUUCCUUAUCUUUAUUGGAGGGACUUUUAACAGUACAACAGCGACAGGUUGGACUCUAUGCCGCAUUUAAUACCUCCACUAUUCCACCAGCACCAUUAGAUAAGAAGCACCGUCAUUCUUAUUAUGCAAAGUUGUACAGUAAUGAAACAUCUUUGACGAAUAAAAAAAUAAAACUUCGUGUCGUCGUACAUGCUUCAGGACAUCUUCGAUCAUUUCGAAAGUGUGCGGCAUCACUAAAAGAGAAUGUUCUGGAGAUGAAUGAGGCCCCUUUCUAUCUAGUAACCUAUCCUAAUAUUGGAGACAGGCGCCUUGGUACUGAGGGGACGGAGGAUGGGGACCCGCCACUGAGUUCCACAGAUAUGCAAGAGCUUAUCUAUCAUUACAGGCCUUAUCUCGCAGGACUGUUUCUGCUGGACUAUCCCGCAAUGGAUGAGUAUCUUUCUUCAGUGGUUCCUCCUUUUCUUUUUCAGAAUUAUCCUUGGGGUUGGUGGAUGCGACAAUUCUUUACAACGGAACUCGCAACCGAUAUGAGUACAGCGAGUAUGGAGGGAAAUAACAAUACAGUCAAUAACACCUUUCUGAAACUUAAACUUGAACAGACAUUAUACACAAAGCCUGGUUACAAUAGUGUUGACCACGCUCCAUUUGAUAUUGCCAUUCGUGUACGGCCAGAUCUCUGCAUCAUUGGACCCUUGUGGGUGGAAUCCAUCCUCCCCGUGGAAGAGCAGCGGCGAGCCCUCCUAAAGUGGAGUGCAGCUGAAAUAAAGAAUCAAACAAGCAAAGAGGAUGCUGUUUUAAAUCAGAGCUUUGCCGUCUAUUUUAAGUGUAAAAAAACCUCCUACGAACCUUUAUUAGUGCCGCCACGUCACAUUGUUCGUGCUUCAUAUCAUUCAAAGUAUCCAGACUAUACUUCGGAUUUCUCUGCUAUAAUGCGAAUGGAUGAUGAUAAUGUUAAUAAUAAUAAGAGUGUACCAGGUAGUUUUUUUCGUUUUUUCCAUGAAGCAACGACAGUCCUCUCAGAGAAAGAGCUGCGAGCU